AAAAUUAUGGAAUUUUUCACAAAUUAGAUAGUGUUUCUUGUAGCACUUUUCGCCACUCAUAGUCCUUGUGGGUCUUCAACUCUCUCCGCAACAAAUCACGGGAAAAAAUAAAAUUGAGUUUUGAAUUUUCUAAAGUUCUCCCCGCGUCCCCAUCUAUUCUAUUCCAAAUUUAUAGUUAAAUAAAACAUUAUUAGAAACUCCCUUUCUUUAAUUAAUUUAAUUAAUUCCUAUGCUGUUAAUUUAAAUCGAUCCUUAUAAUAAUAAGGUUCCCUUUUCCCUUUUUUGUUGCCAGCACUUUCAGAACGUACGCCCAGGCAGAAACACACAGUGCCACCUGCUAUCUCCCCUCUUUCCUAAUAAGAGAAGGGAUUUCUCAAAUGCUGAGUUUCACCAGAACAAGAACUCAGCAGAGGUCCAAUAGAUCCAUGUCUUUAGGCGGCAUGGAUUACUCAGAUCCCAAGAAGAAGAACAAUUUGCUCGGAAAAAUCAUGAUGGUUUCGGCUCUUACCGCUUUAUGCAUUCUUAUGCUCAAAAAAUCCCCAAAUUUCAACACCCCCAGCCAAUUCUCGAGUCCUGAACCGGGUGUGACUCAUGUCUUAGUAACAGGAGGUGCCGGAUAUAUUGGUUCACAUGCUGCAUUACGGCUUCUGAAGGAUUCCUAUCGUGUGACGAUAGUGGAUAAUCUCUCACGUGGAAAUCUCGGUGCCAUUAGUGUUCUACAAAAUCUUUUUCCUGAACCUGGAAGACUUCAGUUUAUCUAUGCCGAUCUUGGUGAUGCAAAAGCUGUGAACAGAAUCUUUUCGGAAAAUGCUUUCGAUGCGGUUAUGCAUUUUGCUGCAGUAGCUUAUGUUGGGGAGAGUACACUCGAUCCUCUCAAAUACUAUCACAAUAUCACUUCAAACACUCUUGUCGUGCUGGAAGCUAUGGCAGCUCACGGUGUGAAAACUUUAAUUUAUUCAAGCACGUGCGCAACUUACGGUGAACCUGAAAAAAUGCCCAUUACAGAAGAAACUCCACAGCUUCCCAUAAAUCCGUACGGAAAGGCUAAGAAAAUGGCAGAAGAUAUAAUUCUUGAUUUUCACAAAAAUUCUGAUAUGGCUGUCAUGAUUUUAAGAUACUUCAAUGUGAUUGGUUCUGAUCCAGAGGGAAGGCUCGGUGAAGCCCCCCGACCCGAACUACGUGAACAUGGACGAAUAUCAGGAGCUUGCUUUGAUGCUGCUCGUGGGAUUAUCCCAGGCCUUAAGGUUAGAGGAACGGAUUACAAGACUAAAGAUGGUACGUGCAUACGAGAUUACAUCGACGUUACUGAUUUGGUUGAUGCUCACGUGAAAGCUCUGGAGAAAGCAAAACCAGGGAAAAUCGGGAUUUAUAACGUUGGUACAGGAAAAGGAAGAUCUGUGCAAGAGUUUGUGGAGGCUUGCAAGAAAGCAACUGGGAUUGCCAUAAAAGUCGAGCUUCUUCCCAGGCGACCUGGCGACUAUGCGGAAGUAUACAGUGACCCGACCAAAAUCAAGAAUGAACUCAACUGGACAGCAAAAUACACUAACCUUGAACUAAGUCUUCAGGUCGCGUGGAGAUGGCAAAAGGCACACCUUAACGGGUACGAAACGACCCCUCGAUUGAUGUCAGCGUAAAUAUAAUAUAAUAUAACAGAUGUUAAGUUUCUGGAGAGGGAAGACUAACAUGAAGAAGAAGAAGAUAAAGAAGAAGAAUAAAACCUUAUUAGAUAAGCCUAGUAUUUUUGGUUAAGUCCUAUUUUUUUUUUUUCCCCGAUUUUAUUAGUGUUUUGAGGAGAGAGGUUUGAUGUGAGUCUUUUUACAUCGCUAUUCGACUAUAUUGCAUAGAUUGGGUAGGGACGGGUCGGAUUUAUAUUGAUGCUGUCUCAUAAACGAUAUUUUUUUAAUUGGAAUAAGUUAUGCUAUUAGUUGAACAUGUAAGAGUGCAUGAGUAUCAAACAAUUGUCAUCAAUUAGUGGUGACAAUGGUUGACAUGACAUAAAACACGACACAACUAGAAAAAACACAAUUAUUAGAGGUAAACGAAACGAUGGGCAUGAUGCGACUCGAAAAUCGAACACAAAAAAUACAAAAUAAGAAAUUUAGUUAAAUCUGAACUUAUUAUCAUUUUGAUUCGUUUUUCUCUAUGAAUAUGUGACUUUUGA